AGAACAAGAAAAAACUAGGCUUAGCUUAAAGCCUCAUCAUAUAGAGCCACUUUCUUUCUCUUCCCCUCUCUCUCUCUCUCUCUUCGCUGUCUUUUUCUCUCUCUCUAUUUCUGAGUUUUACCCCAAUCUCUGUGGCGGCUCUUCCUUAAGAUUGGAUCGGCCUCUCUCUCUCUAUACCUUUCUUCUUUGUUGGAAUUACAGGCCAAAUUUGAUCGGAAACCGAGACGAUCCGUGGAGAUUUCUACGAGAAGAACCGCCAUGGUAGCGGGUGCACAGCAAAAGCCUCAGCACCAGAGCAUCCAUCAGCAGCAGCAGCCGCCGCAGCAAGUCCCCACGACUUCUGCUGAAGAGGAGGCUCUCAAGAGGAAUACCGAUUGCGUCUAUUUUCUUGCAUCGCCUCUCACAUGCAAAAAGGGUAGUGAAUGUGAAUAUCGCCACAGCGAAUAUGCCCGGGUUAAUCCCAGAGAUUGCUGGUACUGGUUAAAUGGUAAUUGCUUGAAUCCAAAAUGCGCGUUUAGGCAUCCGCCUCUUGAUGGUCUGUUAGGAACCCAAGCAGCAACAACUGUUGGAUCUUCUGUGUCGUCAGCUCAGGUUGUAGCAGCACCUGCACCUGCACCUGCACCUGCGACACUUGUUCCUAACAAUUCUAGUAAACAAGCAGUACCCUGUAUAUUCUUCCAAAAAGGGCUUUGCUUAAAAGGUGAUAGGUGUGCCUUCUUGCAUGGACCAAAUCCAACAAACACUAGUAAAGUCUUGCAAGCACCAGCAGCCACCCAAGGUUCCGAGCCUAUGAAUCCUAAGAAGGUUUUUGGCAGCCUUCAAAAGUGCACUCAAGAUCAGAAGAUAAUCAAUACAAAUGUCUCAAAGGCAGUUGGAAUACAUCCUGAAGUUAGUUCUGCUCUAAAGCUUGAAACGGCUCUACCUAAAAAUAGAGUUAGUGCAGAGAGAAAUGUACCAGCAACCAAAGCCUCUGAUGAUGAGGCUCUUAGAUACAAGGCAAUGAGUAGUCUACCUGUUAUCAAUGGAAACUCUAUAAUUCGGCCCAAUCGUACGCACCAGAUCAUUGUAUCCGAUGAUCACGGUUUUCAGAAUGGUAAGGAUGCUGAUGAGUUCUUGAGAGAAUCUUCUCCUGGUUUUGAUGUUCUUGUAGAUGAUGAGCUUGGUGAUCCUGAUUAUUUUCAUGGUGAAGAUCAAUAUGGAAGGACAAGAGCUCAUGAUGGAAGGAACAUGAAUCCUGUGGAUGACUAUGAUAUUGACCGUUCAGCUGAUUACAGUUCAGUGGCUGAUGCUGAUCGGGAAAGAUUUCGUGAUCCACGAGGUUAUGACUCUUAUGAGCACUUGCAAGAGCAGUAUGGUUGGGAUCAGCACAGGGCUUCAUCUGAGAGAGUGGUAGUUGGGCCAGCUCAUCUUGACAGGAGGGGCUAUCAUAAAUCAGGUAGUCCAGAUAACAUUAAUGGGUCGGAUCUUAGGAAUAGAUUAUCUAAGCAAAAAAGAGGAAACGGUUUGAGAUCUGUCAUCAGUCAUGAUUAUGACCGUACUGACCAUUUCGAGGAGCAAAAUUAUCGGGGGUCUUCUCGGAGAGAUUCACACCAGUUACACCCCCAUGAGGGUUCACUUAGUAGUCGCCUUCGUGGAAGAAUAAAGCUUCCACGGGAUUCUUCUCCUGCCAAUGGUAGUGAUUUCCGUCUGGAAAGGGAAGUUGACAGGGGAAGGAAUCGGAGCAGAUUGUCACCCAGCAGGCCUCAAGUCUCCUCCCCUCAAGGAAGGCUUCAAGAUAGAAUUAAAGGAAGACUACAGGGGGACUACCAUAACGAGGGGAGAAUUUCUAGGGGUUUGCGUAUCAGGAGAGAAGAUGACAGAAGUGGAGACUUUGCUGGUCCUAAAAGUUUGGCCGAACUGAAAGUUGGAAAGGUUGGGGAAAGUAAGGAUCAAUCACUACUUGGAAAACGAAAGAGUGUGAGGAUGGAGGAUCCUCAGCAAUCUGAAGGUCAUCUUUCAUUUGAAGGACCAAAGCCUCUAAGUGAGAUUCUGAAGAGGAAGAGAGAAGCUGGGGUUGGAGAUUCUGGUAGUGGAAAAUCAUCCCUCAAUAAAGAGGAAAAUAAUCAAAGGCAGAUGCAAAGUGCUGUGUCCGUGGGAACCGAGCAAGAAGGCAAUAAGGAAGAAUCCAAGUCUGCAAUUGGAACAGAAGAAAAAACCAAUGCUGCUCAUGGGCAGUCUACUCAAGAACCUAAUGUGAAUGAGUUUGAGGCUGAAGAUGGGAUGAUUUAUGACGAGGAGGAUCAAGAGCUUGACGGUGAAGAGCAGAGAGAUGGGGACUAUGAUUACGAACAAGGUGAGGAAGGGGACUAUAAUUAUGAUGGUGAAAAUGUCGAAGGGGAAGAGGAAUAUAUAGAGGAUGAGGAUGUGGAUGGGGAUGGGGAUGACUUUGCAAAGAAGAUUGGUGUGAUGUUCUCUUGAUCAAUGUGGGAAAAGAAGAGGGUGAGAUAGGGAGGACUAGCCACAGUUUUUCAAGAAAAGUUUUGUGUUGGGGGCUGCCUAUCUCCCAAAAUUCAAAUUUGGUGGUUGGUUCUGAAUACUGAUCAAGGGGUCUAGCUGCUGUGGACUGUCUCUUUGUAGAACUAGGGAUAUCAAGGUUUCCUUUUUUUUUUUUUUUUUUUUUGGUUCCUUGUAUUAGUUGAAACAUUUCAUUGUAUUUAAAUCUGAUUGAAAGGGGAUUUUCCUUUAUGCUCCAGGCUUUUUUGCCAUGCCCACAGCAAAAGUUGCAUGUUUAAUGCAUGAUUGUAACAGUAGAAAGUUAAUAAGAAAAUAGCUGUUCUACCA